UGGACUCGACAAACCCCUGGAGAACGAUGCUGAGGGCGUGUGGAGCCCGGACAUCGAGCAGAGCUUCCAGGAAGCCCUGGCAAUCUACCCACCAUGUGGCCGUAGGAAGAUCAUCCUCUCUGAUGAGGGCAAGAUGACGAAAUGAGUUGAUAGCAAGGUACAUCAAACUUCGCACAGGGAAGACACGGACCAGGAAGCAGGUGUCUAGUCACAUCCAAGUUCUGGCCCGACGGAAGGCCAGAGAGAUCCAGGUGAAGCUCAAGGUACGCUACGAUCAGGCUGCCAAAGACAAGGCCCUUCAAAGUAUGGCCACCAUGUCCUCGGCUCAGAUCAUCUCACCCACAGCCUUCCAGAAUAAGAUGGCUCUUCAGGGUCUUACGAGACCAGCUUACCCCGCUGCUGGUGGAUUCUGGCAUGGGACACUUCCAGCCCAGACAGGAGGCCAUGAGGACAUUAAGCCCUUCUCCCAACAGAGUUAUGCCAUGCAAACGUCAGGCCCGACCCCGAUAACAGGUUAUGAAAGCACAGCAGGGCUGUCCAUGUCUCCCGGCGCCCCCCCUUGGCAAGGGAGAAGUAUUGCCAGCUCCAAGCUGAGGAUGCUGGAGUUUUCUGCUUUUCUAGAGCAACCUCAGGACUCUGAGACAUUCAACAAACAUCUGUUUGUGCACAUCGGACAGUCCAACCCCAGCUAUAGUGACGCUUAUCUAGAGUCUGUGGACGUCCGGCAGAUCUAUGACAAGUUCCCAGAGAAGAAAGGAGGCCUGAAAGAGCUGUUUGACAAAGGGCCACACAACGCUUUCUUUCUUGUCAAAUUCUGGGCGGACCUCAGUGUAAACCUACAAGACGACAGCACCUUCUUCUACGGUGUGUCCAGCCAGUACGAGAGCUCAGAGAACAUGAUUAUCACCUCUUCUACCAAGGUCUGCUCUUUUGGCAAACAGGUGGUGGAGAAAGUCGAGACGGAGUACGCGCGCUUUGAGAAUGGACGAUACGUGUUUCGGAUCCACCGAUCCCCGCUAUGUGAAUACAUGAUCAAUUUCAUCCAUAAACUCAAACACCUUCCAGAGAAAUACAUGAUGAACAGCGUACUGGAAAACUUCACUAUCCUACAGGUGGUGACAAACAGGGACACACUGGAGACCCUGCUGUGCAUAGCUUAUGUCUUUGAAGUGUCUACCAGUGAGCAUGGCGCACAACAUCAUAUUUACAGGCUAGUCAAAGACUGACACAGUCGCACUGUUGGAACUUACCGGCUCCUAGACCUGUUGUAGCAAGAGUAAAGCAAGGGGAUACCCAAACAAAAAGACUAGAGACACCACAGAGCUUAAAGACACAGUCUGGUGAGUCGGCUGCGAACUCUGAGAAACACUACUGGCUGCGUCAGCGUAAGCAAGACCACUACUGCUGAAGAAGAUGAACCGUGGAAGCUGAAAGACUGUGAACAAGUGUGAUGAAGGACCAUCCUGCACUUGUUGGUCUCUAAACCAACAACCAACAGAAGCUGCAUGAGAGAGUCGUCGACUGCCUUCAUGUUUAACUAGAGCUUGUUUUAAAUGUAGAUGUGCAUGUGCAGGGGGGUGGGUGUUGAGUUGGACGGCCUCAGGUUGCCAUCUAGUGACUUGAAUAAAUAUUACAGUUGGAAGAGAAGAUAAGAUAUUCCUCUUUUGCACAUCCACAGAUCAUAAGUGAUGGUGCCAAAAUGUUUCGUUUAAACUCAGCAUUUCGGUGAUCAUGUACAGAAGCACAUUCGUCUCUUUACAAAGUUAGGAUGAGCAGCUGAACCUAAUGGCAGAAACCUGUUGUAUUCUCUUUGUUUGGCGUUGACGUUGAAUGUGUCUCGUAUUGUGUUCUUGUCUUUGACUGACAAUGGUCUGACUCCUACUGAAGGAACAUAGUAAGACUGCUGACCUGAACCAGAUGGGAACUGUAUGCUGAAAUUGUCUGCAUUUGGUAGCUGGCCUGUGUCUGAUAGGAAAAAAACACGUGUUUCACACAGAACUCAUGUUGCUGGUUUUUUGUUAAGUGUGGUAUGCAUCCAAAGGCAUAUGUUAUUAAACGAUUUAUCUCCAUAAACCUA